CUUCUUCUUCUUCUUCCUCUUCUUUAUGUUUGUUUUCUGACAUGAUAAAAAGAUAAAAAAAAAAGAAUUCAUGCACAGGGUAUGGCUUUAAAAAAAUACACGCUAGUACGGUCACAUUCUGAAAAAAAGGGCACGGCUUUUUUUCUUUUUGUAUUUUUCGUCUUUUGUCUUUGGUAAUGACAAGUUAUAUCAAGUUCACACCCAUUUCAGGUGCCAAAAAUGAAGAUCCUUUAUGUUAUUUAUUAGAAAUUGAUGAAGUUAAGAUCUUAUUGGACUGUGGAUGGUCAGAUACGUUUCAUGUCGAUGAUUUAGCCAAUUUGAAAAAAGUAGCAAAGCAGAUUGACGCACUUGUGAUAUCCCAUUCAGAUCUAUCUCAUUUGGGUGCUUAUCCUUAUGCCCGUAGUCAUCUUGGCAUGACUUGUCCUGUCUAUUCCACGAUUCCUGUGGCCAACAUGGGCAAGAUGUGCAUGUAUGAUAUGUAUCAAUCCAAGACCAAUGAAAUGGAGUUUGAAGCGUUUAGUUUAGAAGAUGUCGAUAAUGCAUUUGAUAAAAUUACGCCCCUUCGAUAUUCACAACCCUUCUCUUUAACUGGCAAAUGUCAAGGUAUUACCAUUACAGCUUAUGCAGCAGCACAUACGAUUGGUGGUACAAUAUGGAAAAUCAAACAAGAUACAGAGGAAAUAGUCUAUGCAGUUGAUUUCAAUCAUAGAAAAGAACAUCAUUUAGAUGGAACUGUAUUGCAUUCAGGUGGUGUUGUAUUGGAUGCCCUUGUACGUCCUUCCUUAUUGAUCACAGAUGCCUAUAAUUCACAAGUUGUGCAUCCAGCCAGAAAAGACAGAUAUGCCGCUAUGUUUGAUACCAUGCUUCAAUCUUUAAAACAAGGCGGUUCUGUACUCUUACCUACAGACUCUUCAGCCCGUGUGCUUGAACUUUCUUAUUUACUCGACCAAUACUGGACACAACAUCAAUACAAUUAUCCAUUGAUUAUGCUGUCCAACACAAGUUAUCAUACAGCUCAUUUUGCCAAAAGUAUGUUGGAAUGGAUGGGAGAAGAAUUCACCAAACACUUUUCACAAACAAGAGAGAAUCCUUAUGAGUUCAAAUACCUUCGACUGUGUCACAAGAUACAAGACCUUGAUCUUCACCCAGGACCUAAAGUGGUCAUUGCCAGCCAUCAUAGUCUAGAAACAGGUUUUGCUCGUGACUUGUUUAUUCAAUGGAUGACAUUGCCUGUAGGCAUCCAAAGCAUACAACACAACACACUGAUCUUGACUGACAGAUCAGGGCCUGGUUCAUUAGCACGCCACUUGUAUGAUGAUUGGAAUCAACAGACAAGUGCCACCCAAGUCACUCCACAUCGCCACAAGACACCUGUUCAGCCAGCCAUCGAAUACCAUACCACGUUGGACCUGACGGUGUAUAAGCGAGUGCCUCUUGAAGGGGCUGAAUUGAUGGCAUUUGAAGCCAACCAACGAGCUAAAGCAGAAAGAGAUGCAGCUCAAGCAGCCAUGAUUGCACGAAGCAAGACCAUCAUGGAAGAUGAUGAGUCUGAUUCUUCUGACUUGGAUGAUGGGGAUGAUAACAUGGAAGAUUUACUGACCAAGCAAUUUGACCUUUAUGUGCGUGAUGCUGGUAAAUCAGGAGGUUUCUUUAAACAGACACAGAGUUAUCGCAUGUUUCCCUAUCUUGAGAAGCGUAAAAAGAUUGAUGAUUAUGGUGAAGCUAUUCAAGUGGAGCAUUAUAUGAAGGCAUCAGAUUUUGAGAGAAUAGAGCAAGAGAAAAAAAAUCUAGAUGAAGGAGCCAAUUUUGCUAAAGAAGAUGAAAUGAUGCUCGAUAUUGAUGAACCAUUACUGCCAGGAAGAGAUGAAUCGCCUACCAAAUAUACCUCAACAAACGAAAAAUUGCAAGUGCAAUGUGUAUUAAGAUAUGUAGAUUUAGAAGGUCUUUCAGAUGGUCGAUCCAUGAAGACCAUUUUACCACAAAUUGCUCCUCGAAAACUGAUCAUCGUUCAUGGUUCAAAAGCAUCUACAGAAGACCUUGCCAAUGCUUUCCAAGGCACAGACCAUUUUACAAAGGAAAUCUUUACACCUUCUGUGAGCGAAGUCUUGAACGUAUCUGCUGCUACCAAUAUCUACCGCAUCAAACUAACAGAUAGCAUGGUCAGCUCACUUCGGUUCUCCAAGCUGGAUGAUUAUGAACUGGCACGGGUGGUUGGUCGUAUUCAUUUCCCUGAUGACUCCACAACGCCUUCUCUUGAUGUUGCUUCUGCAGAAGAAGAAGAUAUCAAGUUUGAACCUUCUGUGUUUGUGGGUGAUGUUCGUCUAUCUGAAUUCAGAAAAGUCUUACAAGCAGAAGGUAUUCAAGCUGAAUUUAAAGGAGAGGGUAUUCUUGUCUGUAAUGAUCAAGUAGCUGUUCGAAAGACGGGCACAGGCCAAUUAUUAGUGGAAGGUGCAUUGUCUGUAGAUUAUUACAAGAUUCGUUCUUUAUUGUACUCUCAACAUGCUAUUUUAUAAGAAAAAAAAAUUAAAGUUAACUCUAAUCCAUGAGAGCAAUUGAAAAAGUGGGGGGAGGGGGAGGAAAAAGGAGCAAAUGCAGAUAAAGAAAAAGAGAUGGGCAGUAAUGGACCAUGUAUCUUCUUUUAUGCUGAUAAACACUCUUUGAUUCUCCGUUUCUAAAUUAAUGCUCACCCACUUUUGCGUAUGUUUGUAUAGACAGAGAUCUCUGGACUGAGACUUCCUAAUGAAACAUUAUUGAUAUUACUAUACUUUUCAACCAAUUCACAUUAAAAGUAAGCCUUAGCUUUGUGUGAUUUAAC